AUGGCUGUGGGAGCGGCUUCGUUACAGGACCGCCUGGAAAGGUGGUCGCAACGCUUAAGCAGUCUUACCGUUUCGCCAUUGACUCGGGACUACCCCGACACCCAGCAAGAUGGCAAGCGGGCCAUCGAGGCUUUCGAGUCCAUUAAGCUCCCCAAGGAGACCCAAUUGGCGCUGAAGAAGCUUUCGGGCUCUUCAUCUGAAUUUACAGUGUUUUUGACCGCAUUGGUCAUUCUGGUUGCUCGUAUGACCGGCGAUGAGGACAUUGCAGUCGCCACGAGCUCCGCCGAGGACAGUCGUCCCUUCGUCCUCCGUGUGCCCAUCGAGGCCUCGGAAACCUUUGCCCAGCUUUAUGCUAAGGUCAACAAGGCCUUCGAAGAAGGUGCCUCCGAUAUCGUCCCUAUGGGCAGCCUCCGCUCCUACAUUCAGGACAAGACCAACUCCGAGCAGCCGCCAGUCUUAUUUCGUUUUGCCGCAUAUGAUGCCCCUGCUUCCUCCCAGGAAUACCCUGCCAACACAUUUGAAAGCACUGAUUUGGUUAUUAACGUCGGCCCCGGUGGAGCGGGCUCAGACAUUGAGCUGGGAGCCUACUACAACCAACGUCUCUUUUCGAGUGCCCGUAUCUCCAUCAUUCUGAAGCAACUAGUCGGAAUUGCCAGCAAUGCUGCGUCGGACCCCGAAAAUGCCCAAAUUGGUCGCAUUGAUAUGAUGACCGCGGACCAGAAGGCCCUUCUCCCAGAUCCUACACGGGACUUGAACUGGUCCAAGUUCCGUGGUGCCAUCCACGAUAUCUUCGCCGCCAAUGCUGAGAAGCACCCCGAGAAGAUUUGCGUCGUCGAAACCAAGUCGACUGACCAGGCCCACCGCGAGUUCACCUAUAAGCAGAUCAAUGAGGCGUCGAACGUUCUCGGCCAUCACCUUGUGCAGUCUGGAAUUCAGCGAGGAGAGGUGGUCAUGGUCUAUGCCUACCGUGGAGUUGACCUGGUGGUCGCUGUGAUGGGUAUCUUGAAGGCCGGUGCCACUUUCUCUGUCAUUGACCCCGCGUACCCACCCGAGCGUCAAAACAUCUACUUGGAUGUUGCUCGUCCCCGCGCCUUGAUCAACAUUGCCAAGGCUACCAAAGAGGCUGGUGAAUUGUCCGAUGUUGUGCGACAUUUCAUCAAUGAAACCCUGGAGCUGCGUACCGAGGUUCCAGCUCUUGCCCUCCACGAUGACGGAACAGUCACCGGCGGAUCUAUCAACGGACAAGAUGUCCUGUCAAAGGUGGUUGAUCUGAAGUCGAAGCCCGUCGGAGUCGUCGUGGGCCCUGACUCGACCCCUACCCUCUCCUUCACCUCUGGAUCGGAGGGCCGUCCCAAGGGUGUUCGUGGCCGUCACUUCUCCCUGGCCUAUUACUUCCCUUGGAUGUCUGAGACCUUCAAGCUGACCCCGGAUGAGAAAUUUACCAUGCUCAGUGGUAUUGCGCACGACCCGAUUCAGCGUGAUAUCUUCACUCCUCUGUUUUUGGGUGCCCAGCUGCUCGUUCCCGCCAAGGAAGACAUCCAGAACGAGAAGCUCGCUGAGUGGAUGCAGAACUACGGCGCUACUGUCACUCAUCUCACCCCCGCUAUGGGUCAGAUUCUGGUCGGUGGUGCCUCCGCGCAAUUCCCUGCUCUUCACCAUGCCUUCUUUGUUGGCGAUGUGUUGAUCAAGCGAGACUGCAAGGUCCUUCAAACACUUGCUCCCAACACAGCUAUUGUCAACAUGUACGGAACUACUGAGACCCAGCGUGCUGUCAGUUACUAUGAGAUCCCUAGCUACUCCAGUGACGAGAGCUAUAUGUCCAAGAUGAAGGACAUCAUCCCCGCCGGUCGCGGUAUGCUGGAUGUCCAGAUGCUUGUCGUCAACCGCUUUGAUCCUACCCGUAUCUGUGCCAUUGGUGAAGUAGGCGAGAUAUAUGUCCGGGCUGCUGGUCUUGCCGAGGGCUACCUGGGGACUCCGGACCUAAACGCUCAGAAGUUCCUGACCAACUGGUUCGUCAAGCCCGAGGUUUGGGCUGAGAAGGACAAGGCCGAGUCUAAGAACGAGCCUUGGAGAGAGUUCUACGUUGGUCCCAGAGAUCGUCUCUACCGCAGUGGUGACUUGGGUCGCUACACUCCGUCUGGAGAUGUGGAGUGCUCUGGUCGUGCAGAUAACCAGGUCAAGAUCCGAGGAUUCAGAAUCGAGCUCGGCGAGAUCGAUACUCACCUUUCUAGCCACCCUCUGAUUCGCGAGAAUGUUACUCUGGUCCGACGGGAUAAGUUCGAGGAGCCGACCCUGGUCAGCUACUUCGUGCCGGAUAUGAGCAAGUGGGCUCAAUGGCUCGAGAGCAAGGGCCUGAAGGACGAUGAGUCGACAACCGACGGUACCAUGGUCUCUUUGCUUCGUCGCUUCCGCCCACUUCGCGACGACGCUCGUGAUCAUCUCCGCCAAAAGCUUGCCAGUUAUGCGGUGCCUGGAGUUUUGAUUCCUCUUAUGCGUUUCCCGUUGAACCCUAACGGCAAGAUUGACAAGCCCGCUCUGCCAUUCCCGGAUACUGCGGAGCUCAGUGCUGCUGCCCCUCGCCGCCGCUCCUCUGCGAUGCAGGCUCUCUCCGAGACUGAGCAGGCUCUUGCUCAGAUCUGGGCUAAGCUGAUCCCGAAUGUGACCUCUCGUAUGAUUGGGCCGGAUGAUUCUUUCUUCGAUCUUGGUGGACAUAGUAUUCUUGCUCAACAGAUGUUCUUCGAGCUCCGCCGCAAGUGGCGCGCCCUCGAUAUCAGCAUGAGUGCUAUCUUCCGCAGCCCUACCCUCAAGGGCUUUGCUGGUGAGAUUGAUCGUCUGCUUGAUCAGGAAAACCUUGCCACAAGCGAUGACUCCAGUGCUGCCAAUAAACCCGAUGACGAGUACUCCAAGGAUGCUAAGCAGCUGGCGAACGAGCUGCCUACGUACUUCCCUACUCGCACUGAUGCCAUGCUUGACAGUGAGCCCACUGUCUUCCUGACUGGUGCUACUGGUUUUCUGGGAGCCCACAUCCUGCGUGACCUGAUGACUCGCAAGUCCCCGUCCGCUCGUGUUGUUGUUCUGGCCCGUGCGAAGAGCGACGAUCUGGCGCUUGAGCGAACUCGCUCUACCUGUCGUGCCUACGGUUUCUGGGACGAGGCUUGGACCAGCAGACUCGAGGCUGUUUGCGGUGAUCUCGGAAAGCCUCAAUUUGGCCUUUCGCUGGCCACUUGGGAUGACCUGGCCAGCCGUGUGGAUGCCGUUAUCCACAACGGUGCCCUGGUGCACUGGGUUUACCCCUACUCCACCCUACGACCUGCCAACGUCAUGGGUACGAUCGAUGCCCUGAAGCUGUGUGCUUCUGGCAAGGCCAAGCAAUUCGCCUUUGUCAGUUCCACCAGUGCCUUGGACAAGGACCACUACGUCCAGGUUUCGGAGCGCAGCCUUGCUGAAGGCGGCAACGGCGUCAGUGAGGAGGAUGAUAUGGAAGGUAGCGCUGUUGGCCUUGGCACCGGUUACGGCCAGAGCAAGUGGGCUGGUGAAUACCUCGUCCGCGAGGCCGGACGUCGUGGACUGAAGGGAACCAUCAUCCGUUCCGGAUACGUUCUGGGUGACUCUACUACUGGAGUGACCACCCCGGAUGACUUCCUUGUUCGGUUCCUCAAGGGUUGUGUGCAAUUGGAGUGCCGACCCUCGAUUCGCAACACUGUGAACAUGGUCCCCGUUGAUCACGUUGCUCGCAUUGUGAUUGCCACUGCCUUUCACCCUCCUCGUCUCCCUGUUGGUGUUGCCCACGUCACUGGCCACCCGCGUCUGCGCUUCGACCAAUUCUUGGGAGCGCUGGAGGUCUACGGCUACAAGGUCCCGCAGGUCGACUAUGUGCCGUGGUCGAUGGCCCUUGAGAAGUACGUCAACAACAGCCAGCUGGAUAACAAGGAUUCUCAGCAUGCCCUGAUGCCACUUUACCACUUUGUCACGAACGACCUCCCGGCGAACACCAAGGCGCCCGAACUCGACGAUCGCAAUGCCGCCGCGGCUCUCAAGGCCGACGCUGUGUGGUCUGGCAUCGACGUUUCUGCUGGUGCCGGUGUGACCGAGGAGCUGGUUGGCCUGUAUGCCUCUUACUUGGUUGAGAUUGGGUUCCUCCCUACUCCGACUCUCGCCGGUGCCCGCCCGCUGCCCGCGACCGGUAUUACGGAGGAGCAGAAGAAGACGCUCCUGAGCGUUGGUGGCCGUGGUAGUGGUUAG